CCCUCUGCCAGGGACGCAGUCUGUCCUCACGGGGACUCCUCUUCGCCUCCGCGCGGUGAUUGGGUGGAAGAUGGCGGUGGGCGAAUGGAAAUCCUAAUGACAGUUUCCAAAUUUGCCUCUUUUUGUACCAUGGGCGCCAAUGCCUCCGCUUUGGAGAAAGAGAUCGGCUCGGAGCAGUUCCCUGUCAAUGAGCAUUACUUUGGAUUGGUCAAUUUUGGAAACACCUGCUACUGUAACUCUGUGCUCCAGGCACUGUACUUCUGCAGGCCGUUCCGGGAAAAAAUUCUGGCAUACAGGAGUCAGCCACGCCGCAAGGAGAACCUGCUCACCUGCCUGGCAGACCUCUUUCACAGUAUAGCUAACCAGAAGAGGAAAGUUGGGGUGAUCCCCCCUAAAAAGUUCAUCACGAGAUUACGGAAAGAGAAUGAACUAUUUGAUAACUACAUGCAACAAGAUGCACAUGAGUUCCUAAACUACCUGCUGAACACUAUAGCAGACCUUCUACAAGAAGAGCGGAAGCAAGACAAACAGAAUGGCAAACUGGCCAAUGGCACACUUGAUUCACAGAACAAUAACAGCACCCCGCCCUCCUCCACCUGGGUUCAUGAAAUCUUCCAAGGCACGUUGACCAAUGAGACACGGUGCCUCACCUGUGAGACGAUAAGCAGUAAAGACGAGGAUUUCUUGGAUUUGUCAGUGGAUGUUGAACAGAACACUUCAAUUACACACUGUCUCAGAGGUUUCAGUAAUACAGAGACAUUGUGCAGUGAAUAUAAAUAUUACUGUGAGGAAUGCAGAAGUAAACAAGAGGCACACAAACGAAUGCGGGUUAAGAAACUUCCCAUGAUCCUCGCCUUGCACUUGAAGAGAUUUAAAUACAUGGAGCAGCUGCAGCGCUAUACGAAGCUAAGCUACCGCGUGGUCUUCCCUCUGGAGCUCCGUCUCUUUAACACCUCUGGAGAUGCCACCAAUCCCGAGAGGCUUUACGACCUGGUCGCUGUGGUGGUGCAUUGUGGCAGCGGCCCAAACCGAGGACACUACAUCGCUAUUGUAAAGAGUCAUGAUUUCUGGCUGCUCUUUGAUGAUGACAUUGUAGAGAAAAUUGAUGCCCAGGCAAUUGAAGAGUUCUAUGGUUUAACAUCGGAAAUUUCUAAGAACUCAGAGUCCGGGUACAUCUUGUUUUACCAGUCCAGAGACUGAAAGAGGCCAGAGGGGCGUCCCCUUAUGGACACCAGUGCAACAGGCAUGCCUGUUUGCAGAAUUCUGCUGCAUCCCACCUGUGCAGUUUCUCGCUGCAGCGGCGCCUCGCGCACACCCCACCCGUCCAAGCCCUCCCUCGCCGGUCUCGAUGCAGCAGUAGUGUUGGAUGUGAUGCAGUCGCAAGGCAUUUUGAACAUUGUUUGUCAGUUGUAUUUAUGUUGUGAGAGCGUUUCAUCACUUGUGUUCAGUCCUUUACUGUGGAGAGAAUGUGUUUAAUGUAACAGAUUGUAUGAUAUGACCGGGAUUUGCAUUCAACUUUCAUGUUGCAACCUUUUGAUUCCUGCGGUUGUGAGGAGGCGAAGACUUGUGCAUGGGGGAAAAGGGGGUGUGUUUAUUAAAAUGGAGGGGAGGGUCUUAAACACUCCAGGUGUGGGGAACUGCAAGUUAUGUAUUUCUACCUUGUACAGAGUAAUAUUUGUAUAAAUAUUAUGAGAAUUAUAAUAAUAUUACUGAUAUAGCCAAAAAAAAAAAAAAAAAAAAAAAAAGGAUAGAACCAGAAAAAAAUAUAUAACACUAUGGUGCACUUUUGAUACAGUUUUGUAGAUGUUGGCAGGUUAAUGUAAGGGUUUGCUUGAGACGGCCUGUUGUGAAAUUAUCGUUUUCUGUUUUAAAGAAAAAGAAAUAAAAGUGUAUACACCAA